GUCAUUGUCGUCAUCGGACAGCAGUAGAGAGUGACGACUCAUCAUCUACACCUAUCUGAACCUCACUCUAGAUUUGAAACGUCAAAUCCAUCGCAAAAUUUCUAGUGUUUCACUCCGCAGUUUUCUUCAUUACGUCAUCAAUAUUGUUAGAGAGCAUAAGGAAACGAAAUAUACGAGUAUUCUCAAACAAUGAAGUGGUUUGCGGGAAGUAUUAACGAGGCGGUUGCGACGUCAAAAUCGAGGAAGGCAGUUUUUGUUGUGUUCAUCGAAGGCAAAGAUGACACGUCGGUGCAACUUGCCCAGGCAAUUGAUGCUACAGAAGUCUCCUCCCGCCUGGAGGGAGAGCAUUUUGUGGCUAUAAGAUUAGAGAGUGGCUCCGAGGCUUAUAGAUUCUUUGCGCAGAUCUAUCAAUUGGUGCCAGUACCAUCUCUAUUCUUCAUUGGGGAGAAUGGCACACCGCUGGAAAUUAUUGCUGGUAGCGCGACUGCAGCUGAACUAUCAUCCAAAAUUGAUAACGUGUUGACAAAGGCAGGGAAGAGUAAUAAACAGUCUUCAUUAAACUUGAUUGACGCAGAGCAGAGAGCUACAGUUGCCGGUGGCAGCAGUAAUAAUAAUGCCGUCGAGACUGCGACAUCUAAUAUAAAUGAUAACAAUUCUAAUCCAAAUGCAGAUUUAACUUCUGGUAUGACAGAGCCUGUCACACCAGUGGGUAUUUCAAAUAAAGAAAACAACGUCACGGAAGACGCAGCAAAGGCUGUGACUUCAUCGAACACAGAAAAUCAGGACAAUAAUGAGUUGUCAGUGAAAGUAAAUGCUGAAGCUAAACAAGAUAAUCAAAACAAAGAAUUGUCAGCUGAGGAAAAGGUGGAAAGAGCGCGACAGUUGAUUGAGCUCCAACGAAAGCAACGAUUGGAGGAGGAGCAGAAGAAGGACCGGGAACGUGAGAUCGAACGACGCAAGAUGGGACGCGAUGUGCAAAAAAUGCGACAAAUGCAGCAAGAUUUGGAGAUAAAGCAGGCUCAUGAGGAGAGAAUGCGAGAAAAGGCUGCGGAGACUGCAGCUCGCGAGAAAGUUAGGCAACAAAUUGCUCAAGAUAAACUGGAACGGAAGCAGAAAGAGCUUGCGCUGCAGCAACAAAUGCAGCAACCGCAGUGUCAAGAGCAACCCAGAUACAAUCCAGCACCUAGUAACGCGACUGUGACCAGAAUUCAAUUUAGACUACCGUCCGGCAAUUCGCAUACAGGACAAUUUGAACCAUCCGACACUUUGCGCACCUUACGCACCUACGUUACCGAAAACAUCGAGCUACCCUUCCGGCAAUUCGCCAUGUCGACGUCAUUUCCCAGAAGAGAAUUAACCAAUGAGGAAAAUGGCAAAACCCUACUGGAACUUGAGCUGGUCCCGACCGCCGUUAUUCUAAUUCUUCCUUUAAAAAAUUCUAAUGUCACAACGGUGGUAACCUCGACACAAGACGUCGGUUUCUUCUCUCGGUUCAUAUGGUCCUUCUUCACGCCCGUUAUUCGUAUUUACAAUUAUAUAGUAGGUUACUUUUCCGGCACUAACGGAGACGCGAAUCAACGUGGCGAGUCCAACAACGAUUCCGUAGAAACGAACAACCCCGACAGAGGAAUUUCAUCGAAUCGGCGAAAUGUAGUUCAAUCUUCGGGUUUGUUUAGAAGAUACUUGGGUAAUCAAGGAGGGACAUCGAUCAGAGCGCAAGGGAAUAUACACAGAUUACAUUCAGAUGGGGAUGAUAAUGACGAGAAUAAUACUUGGAACGGUAACUCUACGCAGCAAAUGUAAAGUAACGCGAGUCAAGCUCGAGUCACGUUGCAAGCAAUCGCUAUUCAGCCAAUUGCUAUCCCCGUUAUAUAAAAAUCGUUACGUUAUAUUCGACACACUCUUUUCACUCUUUGUUGUUGUACAACGUGUCAAAACUUGUCUGCAACAUACUUUCUAUUAAUGCACAAGCAUUAAGUUCGACGAACGUGUCGUUCAUAGUGUCAUAAUGUUUACAUGUUCGUCGGUAGCAUUGCGAGAACGAGUAUUUGUUAAUUGAUACUUCACAAUUAGCAAUAAUGUGAUCAUUAUCUGGAUUGUUAUCAUAAUAUAUAACGUUUAUUAUAAUGCUAAAGUGUGUAACAAUGCAUUAUAAUAAAUGAUGAAAAUACAUUUCGAGAAAAAAAAGAUCGUGGGAGUAUUGAGCCACACAAGUGAUACAUGGACCAAAUGUGAAAAGAUUCGUAAAAAUCAACGUGCAAACUAAAAAAAAAGUUUUGGGAAUGUCUAGAUUUUAGAUAAUUGAAAUUUUAAUAUUUAUAUAGAUUUAUUCAUCUUAAGUUUGAUGAUAAUGUAAGUUUCUUCUUUUAUCGGACUUAUUUCCUUUUAAUUUUGGAUAACAAUAGAAUGUUGUCCGAGCGCGAUUAAAAAUAACGAUAAUUAAUUACAUUAAAAUUUAAUAUACAUUUCGUUGAUGAUGUUAAUAUAUAAAUACACGGUGCCUUGCCGUUGCGUGUAACACUUGGCACUUGGGAGAUAUUACCGUGUCUCUUCAUUUAUUAUUUUUCAUUAUAUUUAGCAUAAUAAGAGUGUAAUAAUGAGUCAAGAUAUAAUUAUAGUCAGACUAACUAGAUUCCGCGGAAUCCCUAUAUGUAAAUGUCUUUAUGCGAAAUUAAUAUAAUUAGGGAUGGUUAUUUUCUCCGAAAAUAGUAAAUGAGCAUACGGAAUACGAAGGAUGCAGGCCUGUCUUAAUGCCUAAGGAAAUAAAUACAAAGGUUCAUGGCA